UCCAGGGAGAGAGCAGCACGCACUAUCAUUUGUAAAGCUUCUCCUAAUGUGGCCAACACAAACCAGAACCCAGCACACACUGUGGCUGUGUGCCCCAGGUCUGGUGGAGGAGAACUGCUGAGUGCUUCGCAGUGGGCCCCUGAGCAGCUAACUGUAAGUGCUUCGGUCUGCCUUUAAGGAAGGGAGAAGAGCAGUGCGAACUAACUCAUCGAAGAGGUCUUCAGGGAGUAGAUUCUUUAAUGAUGAAUGGGCCCAAUGUUGCCAACACAACACCCAAUGCAAAAUCCAAAGAGGACCAGGUGGUGAAUGGGCGUGAUGAGAAGGAGAACAACCCCUUUGCCGAGUACAUGUGGAUGGAGAAUGAAGAGGAUUUCAAUAGACAGGUGGAGGAAGAACUUGAGGAACAAGACUUCCUGGACCGCUGCUUCCAGGAAAUGCUGGACGAAGAAGACCGGGACUGGUUCGUUCCCUCCCGGGACCUGCCUCAAGGCAUUGGGCAGCUGCAGCAGCAGCUCCAUGGACUUUCUGUCAGUGACAGUCACAGUUCAGAAGAUAUCCUGAGCAAAAGUAACCUGAACCCUGAUGCCAAGGAGUUUAUUCCAGGAGUGAAGUACUGAAUUUUCCGAAACCUUUCAGGAGGACUUGUGGGUCCCUCUGUCCAGGGACAAAACUGCACAAAGAGGCGGGAGCUGGAGGGGGUGGGGGGUGCUCAGGGGAGGGGAAAGCAGAGGGUCAAACUCGACACUGUGAAUCGAGUCACUAACUCGGGCAAUCUUAUCUACAAGCUUCUGCGUAUCUCUUUUGUUCUGCUAGCCUGCAUUGGGGCACUUUGGAUUUUUUUUCUUUUUUCUUUCAAUUUUUCCCUUUUUUCUUUUUUUUUAACAUAAUGGCCUUUUCCUCCUUUUUUGGUUUUUUGUGUGUGAGAGGAUUGUGGUCUCUCUUGUCUUUCUUUUUCGCACAGAGGACAUUUGUAUGUGUUAAGCAUCUUUUUCCAACAUUAGUGUUUAGGGAAUGCCCUUCCUAUCCUGCAGCAUACUUACCAGAUUCAAGGAAAACCUGAAGAACUCCUUCCCAUAUCCACUAAGCUGGCUGAACAGAAGGGGGGAGAGGGGUGAGGAGAGGUGGGGUGUGGGCUCCCCCAAAGUGGCUUUUGGACCGUGGCCUGUCGGAGCCGCUGCCACGGCCCCUUUCUUUCUACAAAGAGCUCCAUCCCAGGACUGUCUCUCAGUGAUCAUUCAGCAGGGAGCUGUCAGUCAUGAAUUCUUUCAAAAUCCAUCAUCACCAUGCUCACUGGUCUUCCGGGUCCUGAAAUGGAGCUCUCAAGCAUUUGGCUGUAGGCACCUUUGGUCUCCUCCUUCUCGGGUGUCCUGGGCCCCUUCUCCUUCUGCUGCCUCCUGGGUCCCUGGGCUCUUAAGGGGGUCAGUGUUACCAAGGCAGUGGGGGCAUAGGUGGCAUGCCAUGUUUGCCCACCAGCAGCUCAGGCCUGGGGAAUUCCUGUGUGCAUUAUUUUCACUCAAAAGUUGGACUGCACCACUGUGAUUUUUACAGUGCUUACCUGUUAGCAUUUGGUACUUUCUUUACCUCUGCCAGCUUUGCUCUCCAUAAAGGCCUCACCAGGGUGGGUCAUGUCCAAAGAUUUUUCUCCAGGGCUUGUCCCCCCUUGUGCAGUUUUGCCUGGGGGCUCUUUCAGAGGACCCUCGAUCUGAGGGGAGGGGCACACUCCAUCCCUGUCCGUUACUGCCGAGGGGCCCGGGAGCCCUGAUCCCAUCGAGUGUGCUCCUUUGGUUGUCCCUCCUCCUUACUGAAGGAGGUCUCUGUUGCUAGUAUUCAUGAGAAACUUAACCCAACACUAGCCUCAUGGCAAAGGGAGGAAUCAGGCCAGAGCUCCUUCACUCCAAGGCCCAGCACUUGCUGGCCCAUUUGGGCAUGUGUGCAGUAGCUGUGGGGCGGCCAGGUGGCUGUGUGUUUGAGUGCCCACGCCGCUGCUGAGAGGAGCCACUUCCUGGGAAGCCCUUGGUUUCUUGAUGAGCCAGAAGAGGGUUAUCUUUUUAACUCCAGACCCAUUUCUCUUCCCUCCAUAAUCUACCCUGGUGUUUCUUGCCCUGCUCAUUUCGGGGAGACUGUCUCGCCCCCUUGGCUCAGUGAAGUGUACCGGUCCUUGGAGAGCAGGUUGUCCAUUCAGAGAUGCCAGCAGGGUCUCCCUCCAUCCCUCCCUUCACUAGAGAUGAUAGCAGCCCACUUUGAGCUCGGGCGCCAAAUACUCCUGCUAACGUACCCAGAUCCCAGAGGGUCAGAGCCUACAAAACCAGACCCUUUUUCAUCCUCAGCCUUAAGGGAUAGUUGUGAAGGGUCUGCUCUACCCUUGGCCUCCCUAUUGGGGGUGCGGGGGAGGGGGCUUUAAGUAAUCACGGAACCCGGAGAAUACCCCAUUACAGUGAGCACAACUGGGCCGCCUUCGUGUGUGGCCUGGAAACUCCGCUCCUUCCUCUGUGCUAACGAGACUCUCUCUCCUGCUUCCGGGAUCAUGAAUGUCCAUGGUCUGGGCUUUCUGCCGGCACCACCUCUGUCCCAUCACCUCUUUGGCCAGCACCAAAUCCCUGUGGACAGAGGAACCCUUGGUCCCAGGCUGCUUGAACUCCGAGCUAAGGCCCCUGCAGGCCCAGGGAGCAGCUUUGCCCUGGUGCUGGGUGUUCAGGGGAAAGCUCUUCUCCCCGCCCCCCCCCCCUUCACCAGCCUGAACAGUCAGGAGGGAGGAGGAGGGGGAGGACAGAGCUGCUGGAGGCCCCUCCUAGUGCUCAGCCCUUUAGAGGUCUCCUUCGGGGGGAGGGUUGUACUUUAAGUCACUACUCUUUUUAGCUUCAGUAUCUUUUAAUCAGAAAUGGAAUUGUGUAGCUAUAGAAUCAUAGAUUAGGUCAUUGAGUCCAACCUCUCCAUUUGACAGGUGAGGAAAAUGAGGCAGACAGAGGCUAAGUGACUUGCCCAGGGUCACAGAGUGAGUCAGUGUCUGAGGCUGGAUUUGAACUCAGGUCUCUGACUCCAAGCCCAGCUGCUUCUCCAAUAGUGGCUCUUGGGCAAGCCUGGCAAUCCUACGUUAGGAGGGAUGUUCUGUUUUAGGGUCUGUUUAAUGAUUAUGAUGAAAUUCCCCAUUGAAUUGUGUUUUUUCAAUUUUCCCUUUAAAACAGGCUAUUUGACAUGGUGGCAGUCACCCUUGCCUUUGCCAGUAGGGAGUGUGCGGGGAGCCAGAAAUCCAUCCAGGGCAUAAAUGGCCUCUGUGCUUCUGUCAUCGGGGUUGUUGGGGGGGGGGGGCACCGUAGCAGGAGUCUUCCUGCAUUAUGUUUGCAGUGGUAGCUGUAAUACCCAGCAUCAUUGUGAUGGCAGCGCAAAGCUGGGGUUCAGGGGCUCAGGGUCAGCGCAGGUGCUGGGCAAAAGAGCCGCGGUUUGAAUGGGAUUGUUGGUUGUGUGAGAAGAAAGAAGUAGGAAGAGAGAAAUAUGGUCCUAGGGAAUAUGGAGGGGCCUGUCUCCUGGCCAGAGAGACAGAGAGACAGGCCUGGGUUAAUGGGCUUCUUUGGAGCCCCACAGAUAGUGUGAUGAAUUGCUGGGAAGGUCUGUGAGCGGGUCGGAAACUGGUGCCCAACAGAGGAUGAGCGAGAUUGGCCAGUCUGGACGAAGUGGUCAGACUUGGAGUCUCGGGGGGCUCACCCCUCACCUCCUGGGUACACCAUAUCAGUGAUUGGAGAGGUAGGCAGAAGGGGAGUAGGAAAGGGUCCUUAGCUCUAGUCUUCCUCUCUGGUUUGUCCCAGCUGACCUCCUGCCUCUUCUUCCCCCCCCCAAUCCCCACAGGAAUGGCCACUUUAAACCCUCAGUUCUCCCCAGUGGCCUGUGGAAGCCUGUCCACUGCGCCCUCUACUGUCACAGACUAGAGUUGCAGUCCCAGACAACAGUCUGGUUAGCAAGUUUCAGAAAAAAUUUUAAAACUUCCAUCCCUCCUUGCUAAGGGUGUUGGACCUGGAAGAAGGAAACUGUGUCUUCCAUUUCCCAUUAACUCUUUGGUUUUCUCUUCUUCCCCUGCCAGCCUCGCCUGGGCUGAGCAGGAAGCUGAGCACAGGGGCCUUUCCCAGCUCAGAUGCUUAUCCCUGGAGGCAGAGGAGAGAGAAGGCCUUGGGGUCUUCCUGGUACUGAGCACACUCUUUGGCUGAGUGGCUGUUACCAUGCUGGUCACUCCCCACUUGGAAAACAGAAGCACAUUUUAAAAGCAGAAACUUUUGUUCCUUCAAG